AUGACGAAACCUUCACAACCUCAAGUCCCUCCCGCUUACACCGAAGUUUGCAAAGCCCCAUCGACCAGCAAACCCUCUAAAUCCUCAACGACUUUCCUCCCUAAAUUCCUCCAGAAAAAAACCCCAUACCAAAAACUCGCCUCAAAACAACCCCAAUGGCUCUGGACCCAAACCGAAUGCCGAGAAUGGCUCACCGCCGUCUGCAUCUGGAAUCUCAACUACACACCCGAGAAAGCCCACGAGGUCGUCGAGAGAUUGAAAGGCUUCGGACCAACCUUAUUCGCCAUGAAAAUCGAGCAUUGGGAACGUGUAUUAGGGGACUAUACGGACGCAGCAGCGGUCUACGCACUGAUCUUUAGUUCGAAGACAGCUCGGGGUGCUAUGCCGAAGGGGGUCCUAUACUCGUCAUUUUCAACGUCAUUCCACUCACCCGCGUAUUCUCAAACUGAUCUCGAAGCCGACUUAGUACCAGUCAUCAUUCUCCCCUUCGAAAAAGAACGAUCCAGACCAUCAUUCAUUUCGGCACUGUUCGGCACUUGA